AUGCCUCGUCCAGCCCAGCCUCCGACACCUGCCUCGUCGACAGAGAUCAAGUCGAAGGACGGCUCACAAUUCUGCUCUCUGCAAAUGGCAUUCGAGCUCCCCCCUCCGGCUGUCGCAGGCCCCGAAUCCCAACAGCGUUCGAGUGCCUCUUCUGUAAUGUUGGCCUCCGCCUCCUCAUACUACCACCCCGCCUCGCCCACGUCUCCUGCGAUUCCUUCGAUUCCAGUAAGCGAGGUGGUCAAGAUUCGUCGGCGCUCAUCUGCUGCACAGCCUCUUGCCGCGAAAGACGCCUUUGCACUUCCUCCCCCACCAACAAGAUCCCGCAAGAUCAUUCAAAUGAAGCCUCGAGUUCAACGAGAGGAAGACGAGCAAGUCCAUAAACCAUCGAAACCAUUAGCGAGUAAAGCUGCUGCCGCCCCCUCCAAAAAGAAGCAGCCGUCGUCUACGAGUGCUACGGGCAGGAAGAUCGCCAGAAAGACGGCACAUAGUCUCAUUGAGCGCCGACGGAGGUCUAAGAUGAACGAAGAGUUUGGUAUAUUAAAGGAUAUGAUCCCUGCUUGCACGGGAGAAAUGCAUAAGUUGGCUAUCCUGCAAGCAUCCAUUGACUACGUUCGUUAUCUUGAAGAUUGCGUUGCGAAACUCAAGGCGGAAAAUAAUCGAACGAAUGCCACUCCGACCGCCGAAGACUCCGUCCUCCCUCCACCAGCCAGCCGAGGCGUGCAUCAAACUCCCAGGCAAUAUCAUUCGUAUCAAGAGCAAGAAGACGUAGAGAUGGGAGACCCAGAGCAGGCCUCGCCAGGCUGUUCUACGCCUGUCGUCCACCCCAAUCGUACAUCUGCUUUUGCACCACCUAUGCCCCAAGAUGCCCCGACUCGCCAGGAUUCAUACUCGUCUGUCUCGACUGAUCAUCGGCAUUACAGCUUCAGCACAUCUACCACAACUUCGCCAGCGCUGGGACCUGCGACUCAUGGUCACGCUCGUAGCGCUGCCUCUGUCAGCUCGGCACUUAAUAGCCCAGUCUUGCUACCACAACGAGAUCCGGAUCACGAGGCCACUGCUGCCCUCCUGAUGCUCAACUCUGAUCGCAGAGGUACGCACGGCAGCAUCUGUGGACGAGGAUUGAGCGUCCAGGACUUACUCAGUACAUAG